UACAGCUGCUCUUCUGAUUGGUUGGACUAGAAACCAGCAUUUCCGGUGCGCUACAAACAGUAGCGCUGUAGCUAUAACAAUCAAAUCCAUCCGCUUCUCAUCGCCCCGUGUCCCCUCGCACCAUGUCCGCGUCUGGGUUUCUGCUGGUGGCCCUGGCGGCGUCUCUGUGCCCCGGUGAUUCCAGGUUCAUUCUGGACCCUUUGUCUUUAAUCAAACACAAAUCUCUGACACUGGACGUUUGUUCAGAAUGCAGCCAGUUCAUCCAAUGGUCUGCUAACAUGAUUUCCAGCAGAGACACCAAAGAGAUUGUAUAUGAAACUCUGCGUGCACUGUGCCAGCGCCUCCCACCAGAGCAAGUCUCAGAUUGUGAGUCCCAAGUAAAGACCUACUUGCCAAAACUCUUGCAGCAAGCACCUGAUCACCUGAAGCCAGAUGACACUUGUACGGCUUUAGGGUUGUGUGCUGACCGCAAGAGAGAAGAACUGCUGGCGCUUCCCCUUUCUGCCGCUGAUAAAGACUCUGCACCUGGCCCAGCUCUCAGCGCCCACGUGCAGUUCAACCCGGUUUGCACCCUGUGUCUGCUUGUUAUCAAGAAGCUGGAGACACUAUUGCCCAAAAAUAUGACUGAAGAUGCUCUAAUGAAGCUCAUGGAGGAGGUCUGUGAUCUUAUACCUCAGAGCUACAAGGAUCAGUGUGAUGAUUUCGUUGACAAAUACGGGGUACAGAUCGUCGAGUUCCUGUUAUCAUCUGCUGCGCCACACACUAUAUGCACUCUUUUGCAUGUCUGUUUGGUUAAUGAGAAGGCGAUUCCAGUUGACACCAAUUUGCCAAAGGCGGCGUUCCCCUCCGACUGCGAGUCGUGCCACAUUCUGGCUGUACUGAGCCGACUGCACCUGGGUGUCAACUCAACUGAAACCCAAAUCUCCACGUUCCUGCAGUCCGUGUGUGCCAGUCAUCCCAAUGCCAUCCCCAAGUGUGAGGUCUUCACCAAAAUCUAUGGCUCCCGACUGCAGAAGGAGCUGGGAAACCAAAUGGAUGCACCACAUGCUUGUGAGAGAGCUGAUCUGUGCGUUCCCUCAAAGAAGUUGGAGCCGUUAGGAAAGAAUCGUUGUACUUGGGGACCAAGCUACUGGUGCAAAGACACCAAAACUGCUCAGGAGUGCAAAAAUCAGGCCUUCUGUGAGAAAUACCUGUGGAAGAAGAAUGAGUGAAUCCAAGGUUUACUGUGUGUGGAUACAAAAAAACUGAAAAAUGUUUUUUCUCUCUAUUCGCAGAUGUUUUAUAAAUGCACUGCACUGAACAACUUGUUCAUUUUGUACAAAUAUCACGCUAUUCCAAAUAAUGAGCUAUAAAUAUUUGAUCUGCAUGGCGUAUCAAGGCUGAAGCUUCGUCGCUCUAGAAUAUAAGAUUCUGCAGUUUUUCAGUUUUGAUGUAAACCACAUUAUUCUGUAUGCCGUUAGUUGUAUGUGAAAAUGCUAAAUGGUUUGUCAUUACAGUAAAGUAAAACAUCCAAACAGACACAUAAUGUAGCUCAUUUAUUUAGAAACAUCCACAGUAAAAACAUAAAACAAAAACAUUUACACUGCUUUUUUGUGGCUGUAAAGACAAAGCCAUGACUUGCUCCCAUCAGUGUCAACAUCUUGUUAAAUUUAAUCAAUUGAAUAUCAUUCUGGUGGAAACCUUGCCUCACUUACACCGUUGUAUGAUUGUUUGUGUCACUGUCACUCCCUUGUCUUUUCCAGAUCUAGAAGGAAAAAAAAACUGAAAGUAGAGUACAAAUACUCAAGUGUCUGCAACUAGAUGCUGAACUUUGAUAUUUCUUUCAUCUAAACAUGGAAAGAGUACAAUGUAAGUUAAAUGCGUUUUAAUGAAAUGCUUUUUAAUUUAAAUGUAUAUCUUCAGGAUUUGAGUUAAGACUCGUCAUUUAAAUAAUAAAACAUAACAGACUGA